ACACCACCACAAAUAAGUAGGAGAGAGGGGGAAACCAAGAGAAGAUGGUGAGCUCGGGGAGGGCGCUCCUCCUUGUGGCGGUGGCGGCGACGGCCGUCGGCCUGGCCGGUGCGAGCUUCCGGGACAACUGCGACAUCAAGUGGAACCCCGAGAACGCGGCCUUCUCCGAGGACGGCCACGGCCUGACCAUGUCCCUGAAGAGCAACUCCUCCGGCUGCUUGUUGCAGACGAAGAAGCAGUUCAUCUACGGCAGCGUGUCCACCCUCAUCAAGCUCGUCCCGGGGAACUCGGCGGGCACCGUCACCACAUACUACACAUCGUCUGUGGGGGCUGACCAUGACGAGAUCGACUUCGAGUUCCUGGGGAACGAGACGGGGCAGCCCUACACGCUGCACACCAACGUUUUCGCCGACGGCGUGGGCAAGAAGGAGAUGCAGUUCGUGCCGUGGUUCGACCCCACGGCCGACUUCCACGCCUACACCAUCUCCUGGACGCCGUGCAUGAUCGUCUGGUACGUGGACGACGUCCCCAUCCGGGUGUUCCGCAACUACCGUGACAAGGGCAUUGCCUACCCGAUCAAGCGGCCCAUGUUCGGCUACUCCAGCAUCUGGUCGGCGGAGGACUGGGCCACGCAGGGCGGCCGCGUCAAGGCCGACUGGUCCAAGGCGCCCUUCGUCGCCGGCUACCGCGACAUGGUCCUCGACGUCUGUCCCUGCGACGGAAGCGACUCCUGCGUCUACGGCUGCGCCGGGGCCUUCGGCCACGGCGGGCGGCAGCAGAACUGCGCCGGCCUCACCGACGAGCAGCGGGGCAAGAUGCUGUGGCUGCAGAAAUAUCACAGGAUCUACGACUACUGCGUCGACUACAGGGACAACAAGAAGCCCGGCCCAGAGUGCAGCCUGCCGCAGUACUGACCAUCCAGCUGCUGCCUGAUCGUGGAACGCACCAAAGAAGCAAUGGUUGUCAACCACUGCAUACAAAAUCAAUUGAUUUGACUGGGACUUCAUUUAUUUAUUUAAUAUAAACAUAUAUGUUAUUUGUUUUCUCGAGACUUUUCAUUGAUUCUAGUUGCUCCCCGUUUGUUUUGUAAUCUUUGUUAUUUUGUGAACAACUCGACCAUAUA